AUGCCAGGACCAUCAGGAACUCAGCCUAACCCGGCUUACAUGGGCAACGCGCAAAGGAACAAUUAUCACGGCCUAUCUGGUAGUGUUGGUGGAGGGCCGACUGUAUAUCGUGGCAACACCUCCGCACCCGUCCAGCCAUACGCCUUCACGGCUACGCCAAAUCUAGCUAACGGCGGACAAUGGCAGCAAUACGGAGCCUACCGUUCGUCGACAAGUGUCCCGAAUAUGCAGAUGGCAGAUCCAAACACUUCGGCGCGUUCCCGUCCUGCGAAUUCUAGCAUACCGGGUAACAAUAAUAGUCAUCCGUCAAUACCCAAUGGGAUGUCUCAAGAUGACUCUCGGGUUGCCUCUACAUCUGGACCUCGGCCUCAGCUUGCACCGUUGAAUAUUUCAUCUAACCAACCAACAUUUGCACAGGUUGCUGCUGCGAAAGUAACCCCGGAACGAUACAGGCGACCAUCUGCGAGAUACGCAGAUUCUUCGCCUAGCGUUAUGCAGACCCAGCAAGCGCAACAGCAGCAGCAACAACAGCAACAGGGCUCAGCGAUGCCAUCAGGUUCCGGCAUGGCCACCGUUGUUCAUCUUUACAAUCCUAGAGCCGUGCCCGACCAGAAAGCAAGAACGUCUAGGAAUCCAGUAGUCCCGACGGGUAGGCCGCAUAGUGCGUACGGGGCUAUGGCUGGCGUGACGGCGGAUGACAUGCAGCUAUACCGGCAUCCUACUGAGGAAGAAGCUAAAAGAUUUCGACGGCGUAGCAUACACUCCAUCAAUUCUUCCGAUUAUCCCAAUCCCCCGACCCCGCAGGAGUUCAAGAAAGCGGAGGAAUCAUUCCGCCAAGAAGCGUUAGCCGCGUCGAGGAAGCAUGGUAGUUCAGAUAAGAGCCAGAAAGUUGCUCCUCGACCAGUUUCUAACCUCACCGCCAAUGGGCCAGUCGAAAAGAAUACUAUGCAUCGCAUUAAUGGUAGUUCGGAGAGUCUCGUUUCAAGCGGGAGCAGUAAUUCUAGGCCGUCUUCGUCUGCCAAUCGAAACAACAGUGCAUCUGCCCCCACGGCCAGCCCCGCCUCCACCUCCACCUCUGCAGACAAGAAGACCAGCCACGAUCAAUCAAAGCAGGUGAAUAUUCCGCCUCGCGGUUCAUCAACUGAUGUCAGCAAACGAACUAUUAAUCCAUCUCCCUUGUCGAAGCCGGUAACCAUGGGUCCCGGAUCUUCGUCCGAUGACUCGGGAGCCCCCGCUAAUGCAUCGGAGCCGCCCCCAGCCAAGUCGUCGGCGCUGUCUUCCAGUUCGAUGGCCGACAGUCCCGCGGCUAAGCAGCUCGCCGCGAUUAAUGAGAAGGGAGGCAAGUCUAAGACCAAGACCUCGCGGCUGCGGCGAGCUUUCUCCUUUGGGAGCGCCGCUGAACUUAGGAAAGCUACCGGCCAAGAUAUCACACCUUCUGAUGCGGCCAAGAUAUCGCAAAAUGAACCCUCAAGAUUGCACAAGGAACCUAGGCCGGAGGACCUUUAUGAGGAGGAGCAAGCACGGAUCGCGCAGAAACAAGAAGAGAGCGGAAUUGGAAGCAGUAUUUAUUCUGGCACUAAGCUAUUCUCCGGAUCGACUGAUAAUCUUUCGAUUUCUUCCACGGCAUCAUCUGCAUCAAUCAUGCUCCGUAAGAUGGGACGUGGGAUGAAGAAAGGUGGUAGAUCGUUAGUUGGAUUGUUCCGGCCUAAAUCAAUCAUCGGUUCACCCGCCGAAGACUUGAACUUACCCGAGGUUUCUCAGGCUGAAGUGUCCAUGGUAACAGUGGAAGCUGAGCGCGAGAGAGUUAAUGUCAACGUUGACCCUCAUUCACAGCAAGCUGGUGGUACUGGAUUCCCCCAUCUGGAGAACAAUUCGGUGGACGCGACAACAGACAUUCUAUCAUCCGACCGUCUUGGAAGUUCAGGCACAGAUAAUUCCGGUGCGAGAAAAAGCAUUGUGGGUGGUGAGAGGGAGAGGGCUGAGGUGCUCGCAACGAUCCGGAAGGGUAUUCUGAAAACCCGUAGCAACUCUCCGAGCCCGGUAAACCGCGGACCCGAGACCAAAGGUCCUACUUUCGAUCUCCCGACAAUCCCUAAUGUUUCCAAUUCCCCCAGUUCCAGUGCACCUAGCACCCCGAAUGACGAAGUACAGGGUCAUAGACGCAGCGGGUCUGUUGCUAUCGGCAGUGAAGACUAUUUCGUGUCAGCACUCCGCCUUCGUCAAGACACUAGGAGUGCACCAACGACACCCCAAGGUAGCAGCAGCAAGCGAAAUGCUACGUUCAGCCCACGAAUUGUCUUCUACGACACAUGGCCGAGUGGCGAGUAUGACCGUCGUGGCGACAUCGCAACAUGCAAUCGCCUCACGCCAAUGCUUGCUCAACAGAUCAAGGAGGAAUUGAACAGCUUCAAAAUGGAAAUGGAAGUUCACGAAACGUCCAAGAUUUAUACGCACUUUUUCUAA